GAAUGUAUCACGUUGGCCCUCAACCAGAAACAACGAUCGGUGACCGGGCAUAUAACCUGAAGUGAAGAGCCAGCGAUGAAUUCUUUCUCAGUUGUGUUUGAUAGUUAUCUUUAUUACCCAUUGCUGCUAGCAUUCUGCCUCCGUUCGUAUAUCCUAAUUGACAUGUCUUUAAACCCAUCGUAUCGAACUCGCCAUCAGCAACAGCUCCCUUCAUACCGAGAGCUCUGUACCACCGAACUAUCCAUGUCAGUCUCACCUCCUCCCUUGAGGGCUUUACCCUCUAUCGAGUCUUUACCAAACCGGAGGCCGGAUGCACUUCACCACGGCUCCUCGAGCUCAGAUCUUUGGCUCCCGCCCGUGAGCUUUGUUCCCGCUCACCUAUACACCAACCCAUGGUCAGCCUUAGAUUCACUGAGCUCCUGGCACGCCGGUCACUCAACUGUUGACUCUCGACAAUCUACUAGUUAUUAUGGCUACAGUCGACGACUGCCAGAGAUACAGCCACCAGAAAACCCAGAAGUGGAGAGUCGAGUUGCGCUGUCUCGCUUGACUGCUGGUCAGAAUUUUUCAGUAUCUAUAAGUGACUUGAAUUUCUUAUCAGAACAAGAACAAUUCAUCAUUCGGAAGCGAUUAAUGAAAACCCAAUGGAAACAAAUUCAAGAGGAGUUCGAGUUUCGAUGGAAGCCUAUAUCUGUCCAGGGCUUAGUAAUGAAGCUAGGAAGGCUAAGAAGGAAGCAUGGGAUCAUAAAACACGUCCUACCGGCAAGACGAAAGAGAGCUCCAGAAAUUAUGAAUGUUAUGACAGCAGAGGAGGUACGGUAGUUGAAUAAAAAGUAUCUAUUUUCUGACAACGCCCUCGGUUCAUUUUCCUAUAACUUACACUUUAACAACCACGCCGGUAAGACUCCAGACUACCCUGGACACCAGACCAAAUGGAUCUGCGUAAAAG